CCAUUGACCUCCCAGGAAGACAGGCUUGGGGGACAAUAGGAAGGACACCCGAACAAAUGGCUACUUAGGCGGAUUCCUGUGUUCUUCCUUGUCAGCAUCCGGGAUUUACUGAAGUUCAAAGAAGAGGUGACGAAGGAGCGUGACCAGCUCCUGUCGGAAGUGGUGAAAUUGCGCGAGAACCUAGUUCAGACCACUGAACAACAGCAGGAAACCGAGCGCGCCAAGGAAGAUGCGCAACAGACCAUCAAUCAGUUCCAACAAGAAAUCCAGCAUCGUCAGAAUGAAGCAUCCAGGGAGUCUCGGAAGAAGGAGAAGCUGGAGAAAGAGCUCAAGCAGAUCCAGACGGACAUGGACAGCAGGCAGUCGGAGAUCAAGGCCUUGCAGCAGUACAUGCAGAAGAGCAAGGAGGAGCUUCAGCGGCUGGAACAGCAGCUCAAGGAGCAGAAGAUACUGAACGAGAGAGCUGCGAAGGAGCUGGAGCAGUUUCAGAUGCGGAAUUCGAAACUCCAGCAGGAGAACGAGCAGCACAGUUUGACUUGCGAGCAGCUGUCCCAGGAAAACCAGCAGAAGGCCCUGGAGCUCAAAGCCAAAGAGGAGGAAAUCCACCAGAUGCGCAUUGACAUCGGGAAGCUAAACAAAAUCAGAGAGCAGAUCCAUAAGAAACUGCACAUGAUUGAAGACCAAAAGGCAGAAGUGGAGCAGAACAAGGAGACCCUGAAGAAUCAGAUCCUGGGACUCGAGAGAGAGGUGGAGUCUUCAAAGAAGCAGGCAGAGCUGGAUAAGAAGGCGAUGGAUGAGCUUCUCAGAGAGAGGGACAUACUAAAUAAGAAUAUGCUUAAGGCGGUCAGUGCGACCCAGAAGCAGGUGGACCUGGUGAAGCUCCACGAGCAAGCCAAGAGGAACCUGGAGGAGGAGAUCCAGAACUACAAGGCUGAGGCCCAGAAGCAGAGGAAGAUCAUCUUUCAACUGGAAAAGGAGCGUGACCGGUACAUCAACGAGGCCAGUGACCUCACCCAGAAGGUUCUUGCAAACAUGGAAGACAUUAAAGUCCGUGAAAUACAGAUUUUUGACUACAGGAAGAAAAUUGCUGAAUCAGAGACUAAACUGAAGCAGCAACAAAACCUCUAUGAAGCCGUGAGAUCAGACAGGAACCUGUACAGCAAAAACCUGGUGGAGGCGCAGGCCGAGCUACAGAAGCUAAGACAGCAAGCCCUGGAGACCAAACACUUCAUUGAAAAGCAGGAGGUGGAAGAGCGGAAGCUCUUGCGAAUCAUCGCCGAAGCUGAUGGGGAGAGGGUGAGGCAGAAGAAGGAAUUAGACCAGGUCAUCAGUGAGAGAGACAUCCUUGGGUCUCAGCUUGUUCGGCGCAACGAUGAGUUAGCCCUGUUGUACGAGAAGAUCAAGAUCCAGCAGUCAGUGCUGAAUAAAGGCGAGACCCAGUACAACCAGAGGGUGGAGGACAUGCGCAUCCUCAAACUGGAGAUCAGGAAACUGCGGAGGGAGAAGGGCAUCCUCGCCAGGAGUGUGGCGAACGUGGAGGAGCUCAGGCAGGAGCUUUUCCACAUGCAAAGAGAAUUCCUGAAGGAAAGGACGAGAUGUCGAGCCCUGGAGGAGGAGCUGGAGAACCCCAUGAAUGUGCACAGAUGGAGGAAGCUUGAGGCCAGUGACCCCAGUACCUAUGAGCUGAUCCAGAAAAUUCACACCCUGCAGAAGCGGCUCAUCAGCAAGACAGAAGAGGUGGUGGAGAAGGAGCUUCUCCUUCAGGAAAAGGAGAAGCUGUAUGUGGAACUGAAGCACGUCUUGGCCCGGCAGCCUGGCCCCGAGGCUGCAGAGCAGCUGCAGAUCUACCGGCACACACUGCGGGAGAGGACCAAGCAGCUGAAAGUUCUGUCAUCAGAGUUGAAUAUGUACGAAUCCCAGAGCCAGGAGUACAAGUAUGAGAUCGAGAGACUUGGCAACGAACUGGUGGCAUUAAAGAAGAAAUACCUGGCUCAGAAACGCAAAGAACUCGUUCAGAAAAACAAGGAGAGAGUAUCCAUGAACAGCAUCUUCUCAGAGUCCAAGAAUUCUGGCCCUCGAUUUACUGGGGGUGGAUUUCCUCUCACCCAGACAACUAAGGUGAAAUUGUAACUGGAAGCGGCUCAGGAAAUCUGCGCUGGAACAUUGUGGCAGAAUCACCUUUAAAUCUCUCAGAUCACAGGUAUCUCGAAAAGCUGGUGUCCAGCUCUCCAGAAUGGGAAGAGAUGGUCAACUAUCAAUGCCCUGUAUGUAAGAGUGAUGGCAUCGUACUUGAAGCAUGGACAUUAACAGACUAUAAUUGAAGCUUUUUAAUUAGGCUGGCCCUUGGCAUAAAGCUGAUCUUUUGUUACAGUCCUAUAGGAGGACUUGAAAUGCACCAGGUUCAGAAACUCGGGAUGGAUGAAGCUUUGGGUUUUAAUUUCUCUAUUAUAGACAUUUGAACACUUGAAGAUUUUUGUAUGGACAAAAUAUUUUAUAUGUGAAAAAUUCAGUGCGUGCCCGCACAUCUUCUUAGUGAAAAUCUAUUUUAAUUAUCCCUCAUUAACAAGUCAUGAAUGAGAUGAGAAAACAGGACACACUACUGGGACUUCAAAAAGUGUUUAUUGAGAGUUAUUUCUAUGUGGGAUGUCAU